AGCCCAAACGCAAAAGAAAAGGCUCCGUGGAUUUCAGUCUAGGCGAUCAUUUUUUCUAUUCACUCGCCAUAAUGAGCACGCAAGGCUACGUACCCGACGCUUUUUACAACAAGUUCAAGAUCUUGUCGCUGUCGAAGAGUAUAUUCGCAUGGCUGAUAUUGUUAGCCUUUAGUUCACAACUCAUAUAUCGCAUGACAAAUAGAAAUUUGACGCUAGCAUUUAAGGAUGUAGAAUCUCUCAUUAACAAUACAAAAUACACCUUAUUGGCGUUCCGUAGCACCUUCCUCUACAAUUCUCUUAAUCAUAAAUAUCGAGGAUUGAUUGGCAAACACGGUCCGACUGCGCGUGUGCGUUUUAUAGAGACCGCGGAAAAUAUGCACGAUAAAAUUUGCAACAACAUGACGAAAUACGCGAUGUUUGAGAUUGAGGACCGAUUUAUGGCAAUGAGCAAAAGCGGCUGCCCGCUGCAGGCCAUUGGCAAUUUCAAUGAGACGUGGAUAACGUUCGCACUCCAAAAGAACUACCCCUAUAGGAAGACCAUCGAUACCGCACUCCUCAAAUUAAGAGAAAUCGGAUUGAUAGAUGGCUUUAGAAACUAUUGGCUUAAUACCAGAGUGGGGAAUAGAGAUCAUGGAAUAUUUAAAACGAUCGAUUUGCACCAAGUUUAUCUGAUUUUUCUAAUACUGAGUUACGGAGUGCUGAUCUCACUUGUGAUACUCGUUCUGGAAAAUAUAACGUAUUAUUACAAAAAAAUGAAGAAUUCACGGCCAUAUAGACGCAGAUAAUAACAUUACUAAAAUAUUGAAAAAGAAAGAUGUGACUAAAAUUCAAAUCUUAUAUUAACUUAAAUUUUUAAAAUCUAUAUUAACA